AUGAUCGAUAAUAUGCUUAAAUCGGCCGUUUCCCAUCAGAUUUACUCCAGACAAGCAUCAGGGGAUCUCGAAACUUUCCAACUUUUGAACAGAGCACAGAGUAUGGGGUUAUAUCGACACUUGGACCCGUCAAGUCAUGAUACCUGCACUACAGAGUAUGAGCUGUCGAAGAUAUCUGAGCCCGAGCAAGGAGACGACCACGGAGCUCCCUCCAAUGAAGAAGAAGUUACUACUGACUUACUUGCAGCGAGUGAUGCUGAUCUUCGGCGCAUGCUUAAAACUAGAGCAAGCCCGAAAGAGCGUGGAAGCGAAAGCGUGGAAGCGUGGGAGCUGUCAUCUCUUGGUUGCUUGCAUCUCGUAGAUCGACUUUUCAUCCUCCAUGACUCUCUCUUCUUCUCUUCUUUGCUAUCGUUUAUUCGUUCUCUUCUGCCCUCUUCGACGGUCUAUAUAUUCGUUUUUAUAUACGGAGUAGCUUUGUCGUCGAACCAUACCUCCGAAGAUAUUCGAGCAAGAACGGGAAGAAAUAAUAAUAAUAAAGAAGAGGAAGAAGAAGAAAGAGAGCCUGCCCAGCGAGGACUGCACCGCCGCAGCAGCAGCAGAGACAAAACGCCGGCUUCGUCCCCUUCGCCUGUGGCUUUCAGCAUCACAAGAUCUGUUUUGCUUCUUCGUCUUCGCCUUCGCUAUUUAUCCCAGUUGCCAUCGCCGUCGCCGUCUUCUGCUCUGCCUGGGGAUGACCUCGUCUGCUGCGUCGCCGUCGUCCUCGCCAUAGCCAAUCGAGCUCUCGCUGUCCCUGCGUCUGGCGACUCCGUACGCUCUUCGUCCAACCUGCCGAGCUGCUUCGUCUUGAACGCAGGACGAGGAAAAGAGAAGGAAAUUAAAAAAAAAAAAAAAAAAAAAAAGGAAGAAGACGACGACGAAGAGGACGAAGAAGAAGCCCCUUCGUCCUCCCCGUUGCUGUCGCUGUCUGCCCAGGAGGCAGCUGGCUAG